GUUCGACGUGAAAGGGAGCAAAGGUGAGUGUGCUAUCUUUCACUCUUCCGUUCGAAAUAAUGCUUGUGGUGCAUGUGUUUAUGAUGUUUGUUAUACAGUUAUACAAGCUAUGAAGGUGUAUACCUGCGACAUUGUCACGCUUGACUGGUUGCUUGAGUCUGUUGAGGCGAAGAAGCAACUCCCUGGAAAAGAUUAUCUCUUCGAGACGAAGAAAAAGAACGAUACAAAGGACGAUAAUGCGUCUGCAGAUGAUACGAAAGACUCCAAGAAAUCAAAAAAGAGCAAGGAAGACGAUAAACCGCCCAAGAAGCGGCCACUUGAAGAAGCUCUCAAGGAAGAGGAUGAUGGCCACCUCGAUAAAAAGCAGAAAGAUGGCCAGCUGGCUAAAUCUAAGGAUCUGAAGGUGGAUGUCGACGACGGUUGCUAUCUGAGGACCAACCAUCGUGUCUACAUUAGUGAUGACGGUAUGAUUUGGGAUGCGACGCUUAACCAAACCAAUGCGGCUGCGAAUAAUAACAAAUUCUAUCGGAUUCAACUGCUUGAGAGCCAUACCGGAAACUCCUACAAAACAUGGACUCGAUGGGGCCGUGUGGGAGAGAUCGGUCAGAGUGCAAUACUAGGACAAAAUCUAGAGAGUGCAAUGGCUGAGUUCAAGAAGAAGUUCAAGGACAAGUCAGGUCUCACGUGGGAGAAUCGACUGGAUCCACCCAAAAAGGGGAAAUACACCUUCAUUGAGCGCAACUAUGAAGAGGAUUCAGACAACGAUGAAGAUGAAACGAAUGGCAAGAAAAAGAGCACAGAAGAGAAGAAAGAAUCGAAGGCAGUCGAAAGCACACUCUCGGUUCCAAUCCAGAACCUGAUGAAUUUUAUCUUCAACCAGGGGCAUUUCCUUUCCGCGAUGGCUCAAAUGUCAUACGAUGCUCGUAAACUGCCGCUGGGAAAGUUGAGCAAACGAACCUUGCGCGCAGGUUUCCAGAUUUUGAAGGAUCUUUCUGAUCUUUUUGCGGACCAUUCUCUCGCAAUGUCCAAAUAUGGUGUCUCGUAUCGGGAUGCGACGGAAGACCUCAGCAACCGUUAUUUCACGACGAUACCUCAUGUUUUCGGUCGUAAUAGGCCUCCUGUGAUCGACAAUGAGGCCAUGAUUAAGAGGGAGGUCGUGCUCUUGGAAGCGCUGACAGACAUGGAGAUUUCAAAUGAAAUCAUGAAGGACUCCUCCAAGGAUGAAGAAGAGAUCAACCGCCUAGAUCGCAUGUUCCAGGGACUAGGAAUGGAAGAAAUGACACCUUUGGACCACAGCUCUUCUGAGUUCAUGGAAAUCAAAGAUUAUCUCCUUGGGACGCACGGUUCGACGCACCACUUGCGCUAUCAGGUACUCGACAUCUUCCGCAUUGAGCGCCAGGGCGAGAACGAUCGAUUUAACAAAUCCCCGUAUGCAAAUCUUCCGAACAGCAAUCGCCGUCUCCUCUGGCACGGCUCUCGAAGUACCAACUUCGGAGGUAUUCUCAGCCAAGGUCUUCGCAUUGCACCACCAGAGGCUCCUGUCUCCGGAUAUAUGUUCGGUAAAGGUGUCUAUUUCGCAGACAUGUCGAGCAAGUCUGCCAACUACUGCUGGUCAUCCAGCAGUGCCAAUAUGGGUCUCUUGCUCCUCUGCGACGUGGAACUGGGUGAUCCAAUGCUCGAACUCACCAGUGCCAACUUCAAUGCCGGCAAUGAUGCAAAGGCGGGCGGUAUGCUGUCCACGCUGGGGAAGGGCAUGACAGUACCUCAGGGCUGGAAGGACGCGGGCUGCGUCCACCCGAGUCUAAAAGGCGUCAAGAUGCCUGAUACUUCGGCGCCUCUAGGUAGUUCGGGCGGAUUCCAUGGAUUGAUGUACAAUGAGUAUAUCGUCUAUGAUGUUGCUCAGAUCCGCCAAAAGUACUUGCUUCAUGUCCGCAUGUGAGCUGGAUUAACAGGUGCUUUAUGCGUUGAACGACAUCGCGACUUCUCCGAUAUUUUAUCAUUCUCGUUUGUUAAAAGGGCCACCGGCUGGCGUUUACGAAGCGGGUUUCGAGGUUCUAUCUUUGCUUUCUGUAUAAUAGCUCUUAUCUAUCUAAUUCGUGUCAGUAUUGAUAUCGAUAAAGUCCACGUUCAUCCAACCGGUCAUAGUU